CCCCUUUGAAAUAUUGGGUAGUGAGAAGAGCACAAGUUGAAGGCGGAUAACUGAUCAGAGACGACAAAAAACAAAAACCACACAAGGAUCGCACCUCUGAUCUGAUAAUCAACAAUCAAACAUUGCCAUGAGUUCAAAAACAAACCAGGACCCAAAAGCCUUCGUGGCUAUCAAGAAAAGGUCCAGGGUUCCUGGGGUUAUGAUCACUCAGACUGUGGAGCAACUGCCACCAGGGAAAUCGACCCCCGACUUUACCCGCAAACCAAUUGCUGUGACUGUCCAAGAAGGUAAAAAAACCUUUUUCAAAGCUAUGGUUAGUGGAGAGCCAGCACCAACUGUGACAUGGGGGCGUAAUAAAGGUGAAAUAGAUGACCCAGAAAAGUACAAGACUAGAUAUGAUGAAAGAGCUCGAGAACACAUUCUUGAGAUAAUCAACAUCAAUCCAGACCAAGCAGACACUUACAAGUGCUUUGCCACCAAUGAAUACGGAAAAGCUGUCUGCACCACCACUCUCAAUGUCAUUGCAGCCGGCUUCAAGAAGAAGAGCCAGGGAGGAAGUCAGCAGGAACCACAGGAUUUUAGAUCAAUGCUCAAGAAAACUGUUGUUGUCACUAGGAAAAAGCAACUCCCACCACAGAAAGAGGGAGAAAUUGAUCCUAAACUCUGGGAACUGCUUAUAAGUGCACCAAAGAAAGAUUAUGAAAAAAUCUGCUUGGAAUUUGGGGUUACUGACUUUCGGUGGAUGUUGAAGAGAUUGAACCAGAUGAAGAAGGAAAGGGCAGACGAACAGGCAAAGGUUGUAGAGCAGCUGGAAAAUGUGAAACAAAUUGAAGUGAAACCAAACGGAAAAGCUGAAUUUGGAUUUGACAUGCAGCUAUGGGAUCCCAAUAGUGCAGUUAACUUAUACAAGGAUGGCGUAAUGGUUCCUUAUGCAGAUGAUGAAAAUUCAAAACAUAGCCUUAGGAAAAAAGGAACAAAUUAUAUAUUUAGCAUUAAAGACCCUCAGCCAGAAGAUGCUGGAUUUUACCAGGUUGAUGUCGAAGAGGCAAAUGUUCUUACAACUGACUUCAGAGUGCCUGCAGUGGAGUUUGUAGACAAGAUUAAGGAUGCUAAGGCUGUUGAAAGUGAGGACGCUGUAUUUCAGUGCGUCUUGUCAACACCACUCAACAGAAUUACUUGGUCAAGAGAAGACUCCUCACUUGAACAUGGGGACAAAUAUGAGAUCACUGUCUCAGAGGACAAACUAACUCACACAUUAAGAGUAAAAGAUUGUGAAAUUGCAGAUAAGGGAGCAUAUUAUGCCAUUGCUGGUAUUGCUUCCAGCAGGGCCUCUCUCAUGGUGGAAGAGGAUCCACAUGGUCGGAAAGGUCGCAAGGGAACCAAAACCAUUGAACAUGAUAACCUGUCUAACCAAGGCUUGGACAAGGCAAAGAUUUCAAAAGAGAAAGAUGACUUGGAGGCAGUCAAUCGAGCACUUGCUGAAAAGAAAGCUGCAAACACACUCGGAGAUGCGAAAGAUGGGGGUGAUGGAAGAGAUGGUUUAGGGGCUGGGGAUGGUUCCAGUGGUAAAAUUGGCGAUGGUUCUGGUGACAGGGAUGGUGAUGGAACUGAUGGAGAUGAUAAGAACCACUUAAGAAGCGAAGAAGAUGAUAAAGAUACAAAAGAUGAUGCGAGUAAGAAGAAGCAAUCACGAACUGGGCCUUUGGUUCCUGACACUGUCUUAGAUCGAGGUGUUCAAUUUGUCAGUGGGCUAUCAGAUACGAAUGCCAAUAUUGGAGAACGGGUGGAGAUGUCUUGCAAACUAAGCAGUGAGACGUCAGAGGGGCGCUGGUACAAAAAUGGGAAACUGCUAACAAAUGAAGAUGGGGUAACAAUUAUCAAAGAUGGAGCCUUUCACAGGCUGAUAGUUGAUUGCUGUAAAAAAGAUGAUGCAGCUGUGUACCGCUUUGAAGCUGAAGGACGUAAAUCAGAAGCAACACUUAGUAUUCAAGAUCCACCAAAAAUGGACCCUGAUGCACUAGGAAAUUUCACAAAGCCAGUCAUUAUAAAGGCAGGCGAAAAUGCUGAAUGGAAGCUGCCAUUCUCAGGCCAAGCACCAAUGACUAUACAGUGGUACAAGAAUGACGAUGAGCUGCUGCCAGCCCUCAAUGUGAAGAUUGAAACGUCUGAUUCUGAGAGUCAACUACGCCUUAUUAAGUGUCAAAGAAAAGACAGUGGAGAGGUGAAAAUCAAAAUAAAAAAUGAAUUCGGUACAACAGAGGCAAUAUCCAAACUUAUUGUACUGGACAAACCAACCCCUCCACAAGGGCCUGUGGACAUUAUGGAAAGUGCUGUGACAUCUGUUGAAUUCAAAUGGAAACCACCAAAAGACAAUGGCGGAUGUCCGAUCGCAAACUACAUCAUAGAGCGACAACAAGUAGGCCGAAAUAAAUGGACAAGUCUUGGUGAGAUACCCGGCAACAGCCCAAGUUUCAAAGAUUCAGAUGUGGACCCCGGAAGGAGAUACUGCUACCGGAUCAGAGCAAAGACUGCAGAAGGUAUCAGUGACUACCUGCAGACAGAGGACAUACCAGCUGGUGUAUUACGUUAUCCUGGACCACCAGCUGUACCCAAAGUGGUCAGUGCCUUUAAAGACUGCAUUAAUCUGGCAUGGAGUCCUCCAUGUGACACUGGAGGAACCAAAAUAGUGGGAUACAAUUUGGAAAAGAACAAGAAAGGCACCAAUUACUGGAGCCUUGUAAAUCAAAAGGGGCCAAUUACAGAUACAAAGUAUGCAGUUAAAGACGUAUUUGAAGGAGCAGCAUAUGAAUUUCGAGUGUCAGCUGUCAACCUGUCUGGUGCUGGAGAUCCCAGCAUUCCAUGUGACACAGUUAUUGCAAGAGAUCCAAUGAAACCCCCAGGCAAAGUCACAGACCUUAAAUUAACAUCUUCCAAUUACACGACAUUUUCGCUGGCUUGGACUAAACCUAAGGAAGUGCAAGGGGUAGAAGAUGAAGCCCAAGGGUAUUAUGUGGAGAUCAGACCAAUAGAGAGCCUUGAAUGGACCCGCUGUAAUACCACCCCAAUUACUCUAACAUCCUACACUGUGCUUGGCCUUAAGGCAAUGGCCACAUACUGGGUGAGAGUAAUUGCCACCAAUUAUGGAGGUGAUGGAGAACCUCAGAGCUUUGAUAAUUAUAUCAUUGCUAUGCCUCCUCCUGUCAAACCAAAGUUUAAAGACCGCAACAUGAAGACCUUUGUGGUGGUGAAAUCUGGAAACACUGUUCGCCUCAACAUCAACUUUGAGGCAUCUCCCAUGCCUGAAAUCUUUUGGUUAAAAGAUGGUAUUCCAGUACCAAAGCAUGUAACCAUUACCAACUCUGAUAAAGGAUCUCAACUCUUAAUUCCUACAUCUGAGAGGACGGACACUGGCAUUUAUACCAUUACUGUCAAGAACAUGGUUGGCCAGGAAAGCUUCAAUGUUGAAAUCAGAGUUACAGAUGAUCCUAAACCUCCAGGUCCAGUGGAGCUGGAACAGAACAUCCCAGGAACAGUGACACUCUCCUGGACUCCCUCUCCAGAUGAAAAAAGGGAUGACAGGCUGCACUACAUGGUAUCAAAGAGGGACUCCUUCAAACGGACUUGGAGAACAGUGGCAGACAACCUCUUUAACAACAAAUUCACAGUUGUCAACAUUUUACCUGGACGGCAGUAUCACUUCAGGGUGUUUGCUAAAAAUGACAUGGGCCUUUCUCCACAUUCCGAGUCCCCUGCAUUUGAAACCAAAAAGGAAAAAGAAAAGUUCCAAGUAAACAGGCCAGAGAUAAAACACCGGAUCUUCGAUUCUCCUCCCUCAUUUAUUGUUCCCCUGAAGAGGCGUACAGCCCCACAAGGUUAUGAAUGCUACAUGAGCUGUGCCAUUAAGGGUGAUCCAGCUCCACGUGUUACGUGGUACUGGAACAAUAUCAGCCUCAACACAAACACCAACUACCACAUCACAAAUGUAUGUGGAGUCUGCUCCUUGCUUAUAUUGAGAGUGGGACCCAAAGACAACGGGGAAUACAAAGUUGCCAUACAGAACAAACUGGGCACUGCGGAGUCAUCAAUGAUGCUGAAUGUCAGAGAGUGAAGACAAGCCACAGCUCCUGGGAAGAAGCUGAACAAACACCUAUGUGGAAAUAAUAUAACCAAUAAAUAAAAUGUAAUGGAAAAUGUGGU